AAGCCCCAUUGGAUCAAUCGCCGGUGCAGCCUAGGGCACGGCGAGGUCGCAAGCGUCCUCAAUCCACAGCUGCUGUGUUAUGUGUGCAACAGCGGAGAGAAUUCGAGGAAAGACGUACACGCAUUCAGCAGAACAAUGUAUCUUCUCAGAGAGAUGUAUAUGAACUACAUGAUACGCUUCAUAGAAUGGUUGUACGCGAAUGACGAGUAUUAUGCUCUCAUAACUGAUGAAUUCAAAACGAACAUGCGUGAAGAACAUGACAAAUUCUUGAACGGAUCAGAUCAGGUGACAGAGCCGGCGACGACGGACGAGAGUUUACCAACUACAACUUACAUGAAGAGAGUAUAAUGUUACAGAAGCAAAUUAAUCCCAUCCACUUUGAAAAAUUCACGCCAGUGAUGUUUCUUGACUGGGUGACCCAUAAAGUUCAACAAAAUCCAGAACUAACAUUCCAAACAUGCUCGUCGUACAAGAUGCACAUGCUCAAGAAUUACGGGGUUACACUGAGCAUCGAGGCGGCGGUGAAAACAUUGAGCAGUGACUUCAGAGGAUUGAAGCGAACGUUGAAUCUUUCUCAAUCUUGCAAUCAAGAUGCAAAAGUGACAACCGGCAAUGUACCAUUGUCAUACGAUUUGUACUCAGUGUUCGCCAAGAAAGAGAAUAUGUUUGGGCCAGGACCUUUUUUGAUUCUGGCUUGGAAUUUGAUGUCCAGAUCCAGAAACGUAUGCACACUGUUGUACAAUCACAUGGAAUUCGUCGGGGAUGCCUUGCGCUUCUACGUAAUUUACGCAAAAAAUGAUCAGGCUGGUGAGAAACCGCGGGAUCCAAAAUAUGUCUACAGCAACGUGUGUUCACCUGAAGUAUGUCCUCUGCUAGCACUGGGAAGAGCGGGCGAGGGCGAAGGAUGUAGAGAUGUUUUGGUGUAGUUACUAGUGUAAUACAUUAAUGUGCAAUACAGAAGAGCAUAGUACC